AUGGGCGAGACUCCGAGUUGCUAUAGUCGGUGCAGGUCUGGGGGGGCUGGCUUUCGCACUGUCGCUACACAGAUUCAGCAAGGACGCGUGUGGGACAGACCACGGAGAAUCUUGUUUGAUCUUGGGCUCGCGGAAGACCUACGGAUCUUAGGAUACCGGGAAGAUACUGUGCAAUUUCAGUACAGAAAAUGUGAUCAGCAGAACGGUAUCGAUUUUCACAAUCCUACCACUGGCUAUGGCAUAGCGAACUUUCAUAGAGCAGAGCUUCAACGUGCAAUAAGCAAGCAUCUCCCCCCAUCUUACAUCAUCCACUUUUCCAAAAAGCUCGUCUCAUAUACCAAUUCGGCUUCAGGCGAAGUUGUCCUCAGUUUUCAGGACGGAUCUCUCGCCACCUGCGACGUCGUCGUUGGCUGUGACGGCGUUCGUUCAACUGUUCGUGGGGCCCUCUAUCGCUCCUUCGCAGAGAGAGCUGAGCGCAAUGGAGAUCAUGCAAUGGCGGCAGAAGCGCUGUCUCACGUGAACGCGACGUACAGCGGUAGUUCCGUUUACCGUGGUCUCGUUUCAACAGACGUGCUGCUGCGCGAGCAUCCUGGUCAUAGAGCAACCACUGGCCGUUUCAUGUGUUUUGGGAAAAACAAGCACCUGGUUUUUUAUCCCGUUUCCCAUGGCCGGAUAAUCAAUGUUGCGUUGUUCAUUUCACAACCUGAACUCGAAGGCAAACCAUACGACGGUCGUUGGGUGGUGCCUGCGACGAAGCAGGAGAUAUUGGAAAAUUUCAAUUCCUGGGAACCUGAGGUAAAGAGCCUGCUCAGAUGCAUGGAUAAUGUGUCUCUCUGGGCGGUCAACGUCGUGAUGGAUUUGCCUACCUUCGUUGGCGGGCGGGUGGCUCUACUUGGGGACGCCGCGCAUGCAAUGACUCCUCACCAAGCAUCUGGAGCUGGACAGGCAUUCGAGGAUGGAUACAUACUCGCUUCUCUUCUUACACAUCCUUUUGUCACUCGGGCAACUGUCGACGAUGCUCUGAAGGUCUAUGAUGCAAUACGUCGUCCAUUCGUACAGGAUGUACAACGACGCUCUCGCGACAUGGGAAUGCUCAACCAGUUGAACGGCGCGGAGUGCCAGGCUCUGUCCGAAGAUGACAGUGCUUCGGGCGCUAUAUCGCUCGAAAAACUUGAAGGGGUUGCGAACGCGAUAGAUGAUUUGAUGGGAUGGAUGGGGGUAGGCUCAGUCAUGAGCGAACGUACUCGGGCCUUGAACAUGUUGGAGGGCAGUAUGGAGCGCUCCCGCAUACCGGCGUCAGCUCUAGCGGCUUCCAUGUUUGCAGUGCACAAGUCAUGA